UCUACAAUCUGGUGCGUGUACAACUCAACUCAAUUCAUCGUGUUUGCAUCAACUCAAUCCAACUUAACGCUACGACAUCUCGCGUUAUAUCGUUGGCAAUAGUGGUCUCCGACAUCACCCUCUCAAACGAACCCGAACAAUAUUCGCUACAAAAUUUUGGUGCCCGAGGUGAGGUACGAUGACGAGCAGUAUUAUUGUCAGUAUUCAAUCAGCAAAAAACAGGUUAGUUUUUCUUCUUAAUGAGAUAAAUUCCCUUGUAUUUAAAUCCCCGGAUCCGAACUCAUCAUACGAGGAAAGAGAAAACCUUUAUACGGCAAGGAUCCAAGUACUGGCAGAUAAGAUUGAUAGGAUUCAAUUAUGUAUUAAAUCACUUAAAGAGGCCUACGAGAUGUGGCUCUCAUAUAUUCAAACAAUUACCACAAAAAAAAGGGAAGAAAAAGUUUUCGAAUCAAUCCUAGAAGGGGAACAAGGACUGUUUAGAGUAAUACAUGAGGGGCAAGAAGCAAUAAUAACUCUCACAAGGCACAAGAAUGAAAUCGAGCAAAAAUUAGAAGGAAUUUUAAAG